CCCUCUCUGGUGAGUGAGUUGCGUGCGGAGAAGAUUGAGCAGCGAAGCCUCACCCUGGUGUGGAGGGAGCCUAGCUACCCCAACAGCAGCCGCACCGAGUACGAGAUCAAGUACUACGAAAAGGUAAAUAAAUAAGCUUUUAACUCGGUCAUUCCGUCAUAUACGGACCACCCCAUCACAUUUCAACUGUCAACUCCGUCACAUUUGGUCAACUCCGUCACAUACGACUCUUGAAAAACUCCACUCCGUCACACUUGCAACUCCAUCGCGUUAAUCUCAAGUCCACUCUUUCACGCAUUCAACUACUCUACUCCGUCGCACUCCCUCUCAACUAAACUCGGUCACACUCUCAACUUAUCUCUUGGCGCACUCCCUCUUUCAAGUCUUCUCUCUUUCUGUUACGUUCUUGCCAUCACAUUAUCUCCCUCAUUCACAUCCCAUCCAUCUCUCAAUUCCACCAUGUCCACUAUCAAUGGUCUCCACAGGGACUGUCAUUACGCCUGUCAAUUGAUCUCUGUGUGCGCUCUCUCUUUUCACUCUUCUCUUCUCUCCACACGUAUGACAGCAUUAAAGCGCACCUCCAAAUCCUCAUUACCGCACGAUGACAAGCAAACAGGGGCACACACACUCUCACACACAUUCAAAGACACACAUGCAAAUCAUAGAGCUUUGGCUACCUUAAAGCUUUAUGUUGGAUAUUGGUGAGUUUUGUCUUCAUAUGUUGCUUUGAUGCUGAAGGUUUAGCAGUGAGAUGCCACGCGUUAACCUUUAGAAUCAAAGCCAUUUUAAAGUCUGCUUUAAAAUAAAGCCUAUGUAAAAAAUAUAUAUAUAUACACUACCAGUCAAAAGUUUUAGAACACCUACUAAUUCAAGGGUUUUUCUUUAUUUUUACUAUUUUCUACAUUGUAGAAUAAUAGUGAAGACAUCAAAACUAUGAAAUAACACAUAUGAAAUCAUGUAUUAACCAAAAUAGCCACCCUUUGCCUUGAUGACAGCUUUGCACACUCUUGGCAUUCUCUCAACCAGCUUCACCUGGAAUGCUUUUCCAACAGUCUUGAAGGAGUUCCCACAUAUGCUGAGCACUUGUUGGCUGCUUUUCCUUCACUCUGUGGUCCGACUCAUCCCAAACCAUCUCAAUUUGGUUAAGGUCGGGGGAUUGUGGAGGCCAGGUCAUCUGAUGCAGCACUCCAUCACUCUCCUUCUUGGUAAAAUAGCCCUUACACAGCCUGGAGGUGUGUUGAGUCAUUGUCCUGUUGAAAAACAAAUGAUAGUCCCACUAAGCCCAAACCAGAUGGGAUGGCGUAUCGCUGCAGAAUGCUGUGGUAGCCAUGCUGGUUAAGUGUGCCUUGAAUUCUAAAUAAAUCACAGACAGUGUCACCAGCAAAGCACCCCCACACCAUAACACCUCAUCCUCCAUGCUUUACGGUGGGAAAUGCACAUGCUGAGAUCAUCCGUUCAUCCACACCACAUCUCACAAAGACACGGAGGUUGGAACCAAAAAUCUCCAAUUUGGACUCCAGACCAAAGGACACAUUUCCACCGGUCUAAUGUCCAAUGCUUGUAUUUCUUGGCCCAAGCAAGUCUCUUCUUCUUAUUGGUGUGCUUUAGUAGUGGUUUCUUUGCAGCAAUUCGACCAUGAAGGCCUGAUUCACACAGUCUCCUCUGAACAGUUGAUGUUGAGGUGUCUGUUACUUGAACUCUGUGAAGCAUUUAUUUGGGCUGCAAUUUCUGAGGCUGGUAACUCUAAUGAACUUAUCCUCUGCAGCAGAGGUAACUCUGGGUCUUCCAUUCCUGUGGCGGUCCUCAUGAGUGCCAGUUUCAUCAUAGUGCUUGAUGGUUUUUACGACUGCACUUUAAGACAUUUUCAAAGUUCUUGAAAUGUUCCGUAUUGACUGACCUUCAUGUCUUAAAGUAAUGAUGGACUGUCGAUUCUCUUUGCUUAUUUGAGCUGUUCUUGCCAAAAGACUUGGUCUUUUACCAAAUAGGACUAUCUUCUGUAUACCCCCACUACAUUGUCACAAACCAACUGAAAGGAAAGAAAUUCCACAAAUUAACUUUUAAGAAGGCACACCUGUUAAUUCAAAUCAAAAUCAAAUCCAAUUUUAUUUGUCACAUACACGUGUUUAGCAGAUGUUAUAGCGGGUGUAGCGAAAUGCUUGUGCUUCUAGCUCCGACAGUGCAGUAAUAUCUAACAAUUUCACAACAUACAGUGAGGGAAAAAAGUAUUUGAUCCCCUGCUGAUUGUGUACGUUUGCUGAUUGAUUGCUUCUGGCUCCCAGGUAUCUUUUAUACAGGUAACAAACUGAGAUUAGGAGCACUCCAUUUAAGAAUGUGCUCCUAAUCUCAGCUCGUAACCUGUAUAAAAGACACCUGGGAGCCAGAAGUCUUUCUGAUUGAGAGGGGGUCAAAUACUUAUUUCCCUCAUUAAAAUGCAAAUCAAUUUAUAACAUUUUUGACAUGCGUUUUUCUGGAUUUGUUUGUUGUUAUUCUGUCUCUCACUGUUCAAAUAAACCUACCAUUAAAAUUAUAGACUGAUCAUGUCUUUGUCAGUGGGAAAACGUACAAAAUCAGCAGGGGAUCAAAUACUUUUUUGCAUCACUGAAUACCUAAUACACACAAAACUAGUAAGGAAUGGAAUUUAAGAAAAUAUACAUAUAUGGACAAGCAAUGACAGAGCGGCAUGGACUAAGAUACAGUAGAAUAUUAUAGAAUAGAAUGCAGUAUAUACAUAUGAGAUGAGUAGUGCAAGAAAUGUAAACAUUAUUAAAGUGACUAGUGUUACAUUUCUUAAAGUGGCCAGUGAUUUCAAUAGGCAGCAGCAGCCUCUAAUGUGCUAGUGAUGGCUAUUUUAACAGUCUGAUGGCCUUGAGAUAGAAGCUGUUUUUCAUUCUCUCGGUCCCAGCUUUGUUGCACCUGUACUGACCUCGCCUUCUGGAUGAUAGCGGGGUGAACAGGCAGUGGCUCGGGUGGUUGAUGUCCUUGAUGAUCUUUUUGGCCUUCCUGUGACAUCGGGUGCUGUAUGUGUCUUGGAGGGCGGGUAGUUUGCCCCCGAUAAUGCGCACCACCCUCUGGAGAGCCCUGCGGUUGCGGGCGGUGCAGUUGCCAUACCAGGUGGUGAUACAGCCCGACAGGAUGCUCUCAAUUGUGUAUCUGUAAAGGUUUGUGAGGGUGCCAAGCCGAAUUUCUUCAGCCUCCUGAGGUUGAAGAGGCUCUGUUGCGCCUUCUUCACCACAUCAGCGAAGUGGAGACGUUGUUUCCUACCUUCACCACCUGGGGGCGGCCCGUCAGGAAGUUCAGGACCCAGUAGCACAGGGCGGGGUUCAGACCCAGGGCCUCGUGCUUGAUGAUGAGCUUGGAGGGUACUAUGGUGUUGAAUGCUGAGCUAUAGUCAAUGAACAGCAUUCUUACAUAGGUAUUCCUCUUGUCCAGAUGGGAUAGGGCAGUGUGCAUUGUGAUGGCGAUUGCAUCGUCUGUGGAUCUAUUGGGGCGGUAAGCAAAUUGAAGUGGGUCUAGGGUGACAGGUAAGGUAGAGGUGAUAUGAUCCUUGACUAGUCUUUCAAAGCACUUCAUGAUGACAGAGAUUAGUGCUACAGGGCGAUAGUCAUUUAGUUCAGUUACCUUUGCUUUCUUGGGUACAGGAACAAUGGUGGCCAUCUUGAAGCAUUUGGGAACAGUAGACUGGGAAAGGGAGAGAUUGAAUAUGUCCAUAAACACACCAGCCAGCUGGUCUGCACAUUGAAAUGUAUUCCAGUUGACUACCUCAUGAAACUGGUUGAGAGAAUGCCAAGAGUGUGCAAAGCUGUCAUCAAGGCAAAGGGUGGCUAUUUGAAGAAUCUCAAAUAUAUAAUAUAUUUUGAUUUGUUGAACAUAGUUUUGAUGUCUUCACUAUUAUUCUACAAUGUAGAAAAUAGUAAAAAUAAAGAAAAAUCCUUGAAUUUGUAGGUGUUCUAAAACUUUUGACCGGUAGUGUGUGUAUAUAUAUAUAUAUAUAUAUAUAUAUAUAUAUAUAUAUAUAUAUAUAUAUAUAUAUAUAUUUUUUUUUUUUUUUACAUAGGCUUUAUUUUAAAGCAGACAUUAAAAUGGCUUUGAUUCUAAAGGUUAACGCGUGGCAGUGAGAUGCCACGCUUAAACCUUCAGCAUCAAAGCAACAUAUGACGAGAAAACUCACCAAUAUCCAACAAUAAAGCUUUAAGGUAGCGAAAGCCCUAUGAUUUGCAUGCAUGUCUUUGAAUGUGUGUGACGGUGUGUGUGCCCCUGUUUGCUUGUCAUCAUGCGGUAAUGAGGAUUUGGAGGUGCGUUUUAUUGUCACAUACACCGGAUAGGUGCAGUAAAAUGUGUUGUUUUACAGGGUCAGCCAUAGUAGUACGGCGCCCCUGGAGCAAAUUAGGGUUAAGUGCCUUGCUCAAGGGCACUGGCCCAACGCUCUCUGGGUGAUCUUAUGACAUGCAUUGACCCCACUCAGAAUCAACAAAGGGAGGGAAAGUGAACGGUUGAAAUGGUUAAUUAAAAUAUAAUAAUAUAUGCCAUUUUAUCCAAAGCGACAUGCAGUCAUGCGUGCAUACAAUUUAUGUACAGGUGGUCCCGGGUAUCAAACCCACUAUCCUGGAGUUGGAAGCGCCAUGCUCUACCAACUGAGCUACAGAGGACCACGUAAACAAAUAAUAACGUGUCUUGCAACAGAGAGUAUACCCGCUUGGUGCUCUCAGCAAUGUUUCGACAUAUGUCUUUCCAACUUUCUUUCUUGCCACACUCUCUCCUUCCUCAUUCAGGAACAGAAGGACAAGAGCUACUCAACGGUCAAGACUGCUGCCACCCGCAUCAGUGUCAACAACCUCAAACCUGGCACCACCUACGUCUUCCUCAUCCGUCCCUUCUCCACCCCGGCCCCCUCCUCCUCCCUCCUCUCCGCCUCCUCCUCCUCCUCUUCCUCCUCCCCCUCUCCCAUCGACUACGGAGGCUACAGCGCUCCCCUGGAGCUACAGACGCUUGGCGAAUGUGAGUAUGGCCAUUCCUCCCUCCCUUUCCUCUACUAUCUCGUUCCAACGCCGCGAGGCAGCUUAGGAUAUGGCCGUGUAGGCGUCCGGCCAGCCCACACAAUGAGGCCUCGUGUUUGCUAAAGACUGAGGUGUGCGUGUGGAGGGCGGGUACGUGCAAGGCUCCAGGAUUUUGAAAUCAAGCUGUGAAAUGUCUAUUUCUUUGCUCUGCGAUAGGGAGUCCCUUUAUUGUCAUCUGUUUGUGUGUUUCAGUGUGUGAGAGUUUGUGUGUUUGUGUCCUUUUGUGUGUGUGUGUGUGUGUAUUCUCCCAUGUGCCUGCUCUUAAACGAUAUGUGUGUGUCCGUUCCAAUCCACAGUGGCGCUGGCGUCCAGUGAGCAGAACCCAGUGAUCAUCAUAGUGGUGGUGUCUGUGGCCGCCCUCAUCAUGCUACUCUCUAUGGGAGUGGGCUUGCUCCUCUGGAGAAGGUACACACACAGACACACACACACACACACACACACACACACAGACAAUAUGCACGAACACACACACACACAUACAGGCACACAAUCAUACAGAUAUACACAACAUGCACGUACACACACACGCACACACACACACACACAAACCAACAAUUACAUCUGAAGAAAGUACACACACACACACACAUAAUAUGCAUGCACACACACAGCACACACACACGCACACACUCAUACAGAUAUACACAACAUGCACGUGCACACACACACACACACACACACAUAAUAUGCACACACACAAACACAACACACACAGCACACACACAUAAUGUGCACACACGAACAGACUUCUAAACCCACACACACUGUCACUGCUCAUGCCACUCCAUCAUAAUCCUGAUUUCAAUAAUCCAAUGACUAGAAGCACUCUGCCUCAAAGCAUGUAAUCACAUUGAGAAGAGCUUUAAUGCAUGUACAAUCAGCUCUGCUCAGAGCCACUGUAAUAUAGAGCAUUAACAAGGAACAUUAGACGAGCUAUUGUCACUGCUGGGGCAGCCAUGCUAAACGGUUGCAUCGUUAACUCUGAACAUUUUCAUGAUUUCAAUUCGACCUAUCCUCUUAGGGUAACAUACAGUAUACAGCCAUUUCAAUAGAAUUUGGCUUGUGCUCUUACUUUAUAAUUCAACCAUAGUUUGCUGUACAUUAUUUACAGUUGUCGUGCACAAUUUAGUACUUUGGUUACCAAUGGUUACCAAUGUAGUAACUACAUGACAUAAGGGCAACUCCAUGUUGUUGCCAAGAAGUUUUGCCAGAAACUUUGACAUCUGUUCAAGUCUAUAGAAAAACCCAACUCACACGCCCACACACAUGCUCCAGUGGGUUGGCAUGCAGAACCACACUCCCACACAGUCGCACACAAUUACACACACAAACACACACGGCCGCAAUCAGAUCUCACAUUUACAUUUGACCCAUUUGGUUGACACUCUUAUACAGAGCCAUUCAUAGUCGGUGCAUUUAAAAUGGCGGCUGAACCAUCACAUAAUGUUAGUCUUCUCAAUAAGAUAGGAACAUUUGAUAUACACACACACACACACACACACACACUUACUGCACUCUCUCCCUCACACACACACACACAGCAGUGCACACACACACUCAGUCGCUGACCUAUCACCCUGAUCUGAUAGCAUAGCUCCUUUCAGACAGUAUAUUUGUGUGGAGGAGAUCUCUGAUUAUACCAACCCUCUAUGUUUAUCCUGUUCCACAUUGAUCUGGGAGAUGGGAAUAGAUUAGAUGGAGGGAGUGUGAAAUGUCUUCCAUUCAUUCACACCAACACAAUACGCUGAGGACGCACAGGAACUGUCAAUCGCACGCGCGCGCUUAUUGCGCAUACUCAUGCACACACUAACCCAUACACGCGCACACACAGGGAUAAGUUGCACACACUGGCACAAUUACACCCACACACACUCACAUAGAUACAUACUGUACAUUCAGCUCACAUGCCUACAUACACACAGACACGUUCAAGGACACAAUCCUGUGGACACGACGCUAUGUCCAGGAUCCCUACCAGCGUGAACCAAUCGACCUUCAUUGAGAAUGGAUCUAUUCUAAACUAUUCUUCCAGAAUGCUUGCCUCAUUCAUCAGUCUAUGAGAAUAUGGCCAUUAGCCAUCUCUUUAGAUCUCUACCACAGACAAAGACAAAUAGGUUGAUACCUCAAUUACCAUGCUUCCUUGUUUGCAAAUAUGGCCGACCCCCGAUAUCCCCACGGGGCUACAAUUGCAGAUGAUCUGCUCACUGAGACGGGCACACGUACACGCAUGCACACACACACACACAAAUGUAUGCACACACACACAAACACACUCUGUCUGUCCACAUAGAUUAUGUCCACUUGAAUUAAAUGGCCCUGUCAGAUCAAGCAGUUUUAAAUUGUGUUUGGGGUCGGCUAGAUGUGUUUUGCCUAGGGGUCAUAUACAUGAAUAUCCUCCAUCCCUCCUCCACACUCUCCCACCUCCCCCCUUCCUCUUAGAGACCGAGUUACGAGUUAUGGACACAUUACUGGAACACACACACAUGCAGACACACGCACACACACAUAGUGUGAGAGGGAGAUUUUGUCAUAGUCAUGCACACAGCAACACUGAUAGUGAUUGCCAUACUGCAUAUAAAAACAAACACUUUCCUACUUUAGUUUAGAUAAGCAUGAACAGACCGAUGUAUCACACACAAUACGUUCCUGCUUGACAGAGUUUGAUAGUGCCAAGGUUACAGGGCAGCAGUAGCCCCUAAUCUCUCCAGGAAGUUCAGGCUUGGCUGGACAGAGCACUGAUUGUUUACCCUCUGCUGCCUCCGGACAGACACUGUUGGUCAUACGGUCAGCGGAGAGGGGGAUGGAGGGAGAAAAAUAAAGAAAUUGUAUGAAGAAAAUAAAGAAAGAUUGGCAGAAGUGGAAGGCCAUUGCGUAAGUGCGUGGACUGUGACACAAUCAUAGGAGGGGUGGAUGAGAUGGAAAUAAGGAAGGAAGGAAGGAAGGAAGGAAGGAAGGAAGGAAGGAAGGAAGGAAGGAAGGAAGGAAGGAAGGAAGGAGUCCCUUGUCUCGCUUGUUGCUCGCCUGGUACACACCAGUGCUUUCCAAUCAGUGUUCUCCUCCAAUGGACAGCAAGCUCCUCCAUUUUGGAUCUGCCCCCUGUGCUCCACUACUUUUCUAUUUCGCCUUUUUGUUUUGCUCACUUCCUCCUUGCACACCUGACCUAUAGUGCCCUAUGUCCCUCAUUCCCUCAGCCUAGCUCCCCCCUUUCUCUUUUAUAUCAGUACAUGUGAGGCUCUAUGCUCUUCACAAGGUGAAUCCCAAUACUCUAAAAUGGCCUCCUUUACAGAGUUUGGCAGAAUUUCCCAUAUGUUGGCAGACAUAGCAGUCUAAUGUGCUACUCACUGGAAGAGAUAAAUAAGGUAUUUUUUACAAUUAAAUUCUGUUUGCCAAACUCUUCGGUAUAUCUAUGCUCUGGGUGAAAGAACCAUGCAUACCUUUUGGGUUACAUCCAGCCUGUCCUAUUACAUCAAAUGGAAAGGAAGCCAUUUCAGAGAAUUGGGGCACACAACCUGUCCUGUAGCCAAUGAGGAGAGAGGAUGUGACUUAGCCCUGCCCCCUCCCCUUCUUCUCUUCUACCCAGCAGUCUCUCGUCCAGCUCCUCCAACAUAGCUCCUACUAGCGUGGUGCUGCUCUCCACCUCCUUCUCCACUCUUCCUCCUACUCCUCUUCCUCCUCUUUCUCCCUACACGCAGCUGUCAACCCCCAGGUACAGGCAUGUCUGCACUCCUCCCCUGCUCCUCCCUCCUUACUGUCUUCCCUUCACCCUUUAUUUUGACCAUUCUUCCUCUCGUUCUCCCUCGUCCUUUUCCUGCCUGACCCAGUCCAAAUCCCCCGCCCCAGUCUAGACAGAGAGAUGAUGACACAAUGAAGCUGCCCCCUCCUCUCCUUGAGUGUGUACUAAACAGGGCUCAUCUGGAAAAGAGGCCUUGGUCUCUGCAUCGAUUCCCUGUCAAAAUAAAGGUUAAAUAAUACAAUAAAAUAGACCUUGGGCCUGGUUCCAUUCGGACCCCUAGCCCCUUCCCAUUUGGAGUUCACAGAUGAAAAUGUAUACAGUAUAGUGGAGGCUCCACUUGUCCUAUUGGAGGGCUAGGUGGAGCUUAUACCUGUCCGUGCUUUCAGACCUGUGAAAGCUGCAGGGAUAGUGGCUAGGGGCUGAAAUGGAACCAGGCCGUUGUAUGCCUUUUGCACUCUUGCCCUCUCUCUCUCUGCAUGUCUGCUGGUUGGUCCUUACAGAUUGGCCCUAUAGGCUUGUUGUCUUAUUUUGCCCCACUCCUCUCUCCUCUCUCUCUCUCUGGCCCUGCUGGUUAAGAGUCUGUAUGUGUUAGCCUCCCCACCCCCACCCCGCCCAAACCUGUCUUUCCCAUCUCACCGUGUGCAUGCACUGGUGAUACGGCUUGACGUGCGCAUUAACACACAUGAACAGACACAAACAAAGAUGCACACAGACUAGGCGUGCACACACACAUGGACAGACAGCCAGACACACACGCACAUACACGGACAUGCAUUCACACAACAGACAUACUGUACACACUAAUGCAUAGUUGCGAUCACACAAAAUCAAUGACAGACUCUUGUAUAGUGUACAUCACAGGUGGCUGGUGGCACCUUCAAUAGGGAGGACGGGCUCGUAGUAAUGGCUUGAAUGGAAUGGUAGGUGUUUGAUACCAUUCCAUUCACUCCAUUCAAGGCAUUAUUAUGAUAUGUCCUCCCCUCACCAGCCUCCUGUGUUUAUUAUGUAUGUAUGCACAUAUUUAGCCUUUAGCUCUACUUAGCCCUGUGCCUUUCUUUUGUUUCAAACUGGUUGUGAAUUAUGGACCACUCAAUCUCUGACUGCUUCCCUUAGACUCUAACACUUCAUCAUGGCACCUGUCCUCAUCUCAAUCCCUUAUUAUCCCCAUGUGCAUGGUGGCCAAACAGAAUGCCUGGCUCUGGCUGUCCCCAUUUAGUUCUUAAUCUCACACUCUGGUGGUCUUAAGAGGAAGGCCCUGAACUCUCUGUCUACAGUUGGAAAGCCCCACCAAUUAGACAACCUCUCCACUUUGCUACUUUCAGACCCCCUGUGGAGGCACAGGAUGAGCUAUGAGAGAGGAAGUGUGUACAGCCAUUAGAACAGUUGGAAGUGCGUGUGUUUGGGGGUUAGGGUGGGGAAGGGGGGGUUUAUGCAGAAGUGCGUGCAUGUUGAAAUGUGCAAACUAUGGGUGUUUGCCCGUGUGUGUCCACUCAAACAAAGCAGGUUUGAUUUCCACAGUAGAUGCCCAGUUUCAGAAGUGAGUUUUAUCCAGCCAGUUCCACUGAACAACAGGGGGGCUCUAUCAAUGAUCCAAGUUCUAAUUCACUGAUAUCCAGAAACCUAUUGUUCUCAUUUCCAAGAGGAAUUGAAGACUUGUAUCAAUCUAUUUUUAUAUAGCUAGUGAUGUUUUACAUCUGUGUGGCUUUGUUUGUUCCCUCCCUGCAGACAAUGUGGAUACAGCAAGGCCAGUCAAGAGGGAGACGAAGAACUCUACUUCCAAUGUGAGUAACUGUGGCGACACACACUCUCCCUCUGUGUGUGUGUGUGUGUGUGUGUGUGUUGAGUCUGCACUCUAUGGAUGGAGGAGGAAUCUGUUAGUGUGCGUGCGUGUGUGUGACAGAGAGAGAUUACUUGUGAAGUAUUAACUUGUGCGUGGCCGUUCAUUCUUAAUUCUGUGUGCGUGUUUAGGCUACGCUGAGCACACUGAUACAGUCCAUUAGAUGGUGUCUGAGGCAGAAUGUGAUGGAGAGAGAUUGAAAUUAAUAGGGAGAGAGAUGGAGGAAGAGGGGUGGAUGAGAUGGAGGAAGAGGGGUGGAUGAGAUGGAGGAAGAGGGGUGGAUGAGAUGGAGGAAGAGGGGUGGAUGAGAUGGAGGAAGAGGGGUGGAUGAGAUGGAGGAAGAGGGGUGGAUGAGAUGGGGAGAAGGGAAUAGAUAGAUGGAACAAAGACAUGAAGUAGAAAUAAGAAGACAGAUAGUGGGCCAGCCAGAUGAUUUGCCGUCCCCCGAGUAGGAAGGAUGUUAAUGUUUGUCGUAAACUUUUUGAGUUGCCUGUGUCUCUGUUUUUCCAUCAAUCUUUUUGAAGGGCUUUGUUUGACAGAUUGUGGGUGGUUUGACAUUUUUCCUGUGUGUGUGUGUGUGUGUGUGUGUGUGUGUGUGUGUGUGUGUGUGCUGGGAAUUAAAUAUGCCCAAAAAAAGACACUUAAACAGCUGAUGAGCUCACACACACACACACACUCUUUCUCUCAGACGUGCACAAAUGCAGACAGACAUCUACACACACUCGGUGGGUCUACAUACAUCUCUUCUUAUGUCUCUUUGUGUGUGUGUGUGUGCCUUCAUGCGUGUGUGUCUCUCAUGCAAUCAUGCAGUGUUAAUAUCCAUUAAUUUCCCCUCAAUCGCUUGUGGCAAAGACACGGUUAACCCUGAAACUAAUCAGCCACACAAAAAGCCCAAGCAGAGAGGGAGAGGGAGGGAGAGGGAGAGGGCGAGGGGGAAGGAGGGAGAGGGGGAGGGAGAGGGAGGGAGGGAGAGGGCGAGGGGGAGGGAGGGGAGGGCGAGGGGGGGAGGGCGAGCGGGAGGGAGGGAGGGAGAGGAGGGAGGGGGAGGGAGGGAGAGGGGGAGGGGGAGAGAGGGAGGGAGGGAGGGAGAGAGGGAGGGAGGGAGGGAGAGGGGGAGGGAGAGGGGGGAGGGAGAGCGGGGAGAGGGAGAGGGAGGGAGAGCGGGGAGAGGGAGAGCGGGAGCGGCGGGAGAGCGGGGGGAGCGCGGGAGAGGGCGGAGGAGAGCGGGAGAGGGAGGGCGAGGUGGGGGGGUGCGGCGAGGGCGGAGGAGGGAGCGGGAGCGCGGUGAGGGCGGCGGGUGAGGGCGCAGGGCGUAGGGGAGGGAGGGAGAGCGGGAUGGCGCGGGAGGGAGGGAGGGGCGUAGGGAGGAGGGAGGGCAGGGCGCGCGGGAGAGGCGAACCGUAGAGGGAGGGACCGAGCUGGGAGAGGGGAGGAGGGGAGCAGGGAUGAGCGGGGAGACGGGCGGGAGAGAGGGGGAGGGAGGGGCGAGGGAGGGAGAGCGGUGAGAGAGAGGGAGGUGAUAGAGCGAAGAGAGGCGCGGGGGAGAGUAAAGAGGGGGAGAGGGGACGAGGGAAGGCGAGAGCGGGGGCGUAGGGAGAGGGAGGGAGAGCGAGGGAGAGGGAGGGAGGGAGAGCGAGGGAGGGAGAGGGAGGGAGAAGUAAUAACUCCUCCACUGAGCUGUUGUGUGGUUAAAAAACCCAUUGCUCUGGAAAAGAGGGUCUUCGAUCCUUCCACUCAGCACUGGCCAGCUGGAAUGGAGAAGCUUUAAUUUGCUCUGCAAUCAGACUUUAUUUAUUUGUGUGUGUGUGUGUGUGUGUGUGUGUGUGUGCAAGUGAUCAAUAAGCCGUUAUGAGACAGUGAGUCGAGACCUGGUCGAUUUAGAGUUGUAAUCACAUUUCAGAACCAGUCUGGCCCAAAGGCUUCUGGGAAGGCCCGGCUUCUUAGGUAGAAGUAGGGCCUAAGUACCACUGGUUUUGAAUCCUCCGAAUAAUUAAAUAGUGGUUAGAAGUCCGAUUUGAGGAGGUUUAUCCUGUUCUUAGAUCUGUUUCUAAGGGUAACUUCAACCCAGAACUAGUCUUGUACCGGGGUUGACUGCGUAAGUGGUCAAAGGUUAGGUAUUGGCUAGAGUGUAAAUGUAUUGGUCAAGGGUUAUGGGCCACAUAGUAGUUAAAGGCUUAGGUGCUAGUCAGGGUUGAAUAGGGUUUAGUGACUAGUAAUGGACUUAGGGUAGAGAACAUAAUUUAUCACUAGUGACAAAAAGUCACUGAGCCUCACCAUUUACACAAGGUACUUUACCCUACAAGGGAGCAUGUACAGAUCAAAUCAUUUUAACUUUACACCUUUCAUAAUGGAUUACAGGUUAGAAAGCAAGAGUUCACACUUAUGAUGUGAUUUAUUUGGCGUGCCUUAAAUACGGUUUUGUGAUUCACAAAUAGGACUAGCUUGUAGUUUCUGUGGUGGUGUGGUAGAUUGUGCAGGUUGUAAUAUUGUGUGACUGUCUGUGUUUCACAGUUAAGAUCCCGACCCGGAGGACCUACAUAGACCCAGAGACAUGUGAGGACCUGGUGCAGGCUGUCCUCGCCUUUGCCAAAGAGCUGGACAACUCCAGCAUCAAGAUAGAGAGAAUCGUCCACACAGGUACUGAGACAGUGCUUUAACUUUCAUAUACUCUCAUAUUCUCUUUCUUUGUGCUGUCUUUUUCUUUGCCAAUUUUCAUUCCUCUAUCUCCCCUCCCUGUUUGCCCUGUCUUUGUCUCCUUUUUUCCGCUCGCUCGCUCUCUCUCUCUCUCUCUCUCUCGCUCCUCAUAUCUCUCGCGCAUCUCUCGCGCAGCCUAGCUCUCUCUCUCACAUCUCGCGAGAGGAUCUCUCGCACGAUAGCACUCUCUCUCUCUCUCGAGCUCAGUCAUAUAUCUCUCCGCCUUACUCUCUCAUCUAAGCUCCUCAUACUACUCUGCUAGAAUCAUUCUAGCUGCGCCUCAUCUCUCUGCUCUACUCCUCAUCUCUCUCUCCGCAUCAUCUCUAUCAUCUCUCUAUAUCUCUCUCUCUCCAUCUCUCUCUCCUCAGCUCUCUCUUUCCUCAUCUCUCUCUUUCCUCAUCUCUCUCUCUCUCUUGCUCUCUCUCGCUCUGCCUCUCUCAAUUCAAUUUCAAUUUAGGGCUUUAUUGGCAUGGGAAACGUGUGUUAACAUUGCCAAAGCAAGUGAAUAGAUAGUAAACAAAGUGAAAUAAACAAUAAAUAUUAACAGUAAACAUUACACUCAGAAGUUUCAAAAGAAUAAAGACAUUUCAAAUGUCAUAUUAUGUAUAUAUACAGUGUUGUAACAAUGUGCAAAUAGUUAAAGUACAAAUGGGAAAAUAAAUAAACAUAAAUAUGGGUUGUAUUUACAAUGGUGUUUGUUCUUCACUGGUUGCCCUUUUCUUGUGGCAACAGGUCACAAAUCUUGCAGCUGUGAUGGCACACUGUGGUUUUUCACCCAGUAGAUAAGGGAGUUUAUCAAAAUUGGGUUUGUUUUCGAAUUCUUUGUGGAUCGCUGUAAUCUGAGGGAAAUAUGUGUCUCUAAUAUGGUCAUACAUUUGGCAGGAGGUUAGGAAGUGCAGCUCAGUUUCCACCUCAUUUUGUGGGCAGUGUGCACAUAGCCUGUCUUCUCUUGAGAGCCAGGUCUGCCUACGGCGGCCUUUCUCAAUAGCAAGGCUAUGCUCACUGAGUCUGUACAUAGUCAAAGCUUUCCUUAAGUUUGGUUCAGUCACAGUGGUCAGGUAUUCUGCCACUGUGUACUCUCUGUUUAGGGCCAAAUAGCAUUCUAGUUUGCUCAGUUUUUUUGUUUGUUCUUUCCAAUGUGUCAAGUAAUUCUCUUUUUGUUUUCUCAUGAUUUGGUUGGGUCUAAUUGUGUUGUUGUUGUUGUUGUUGUCCUGGGGCUGUGUGGGGUCUGUUUGUGUUUGUGAACAGAGCCCCAGGACAAGCUUACUUAGGGGACUCUUCUCCAAGUUCAUCUCUCUGUAGGUGAUGGCUUUGUUAUGGAAGGUUUGGUUAUAGAAUUUAACAGCUCUUUUCUGGAUUUUGAUAAUUAGCGGUAUUGGCCUAAUUCUGCUCUGCAUACAUUAUUUGGUGUUUUACGUUGUACACAGAGGAUGUUUUUGCAGAAUUCUGCAUGCAGAGUCUCAAUUUGGUGUUUGUCCCAUUUUGUGAAUUCUUGGUUGCUGAGCGGACCCCAGACCUCAGAACCAUAAAGGGCAAUGGGUUCUAUAACUGAUUCAAGUAUUUUUAGCCAGAUCCUAAUUGGUAUGUCAAAUUUUAUGUUCCUUUUGAUGGCAUAGAAGGCCCUUCUUGCCUUGUCUCUCAGAUCGUUCACAGCUUUGUGGAAGUUACCUGUGGCGCUGAUGUUUAGGCUGAGGUAUGUAUCGUUUUUUGUGUGCUCUAGGGCAACGGUGUCUAGAUGGAAUUUGUAUUUGUGGUCCUGGCAACUGUACCUUUUUUGGAACACCAUUAUUUUUGUCUUACUGAGAUUUACUGUCAGGGCCCAGGUCUGACAGAAUCUGUGCAGAAGAUCUAGGUGCUGCUGUAGGCCCUCCUUGGUUGGUGACAGAAGCACCAGAUCAUCAUCAAACAGAAGACAUUUGACUUCAGAUUCUAGUAGGGUGAGGCCGGGUGCUGCAGACUGUUCUAGUGCCCUCGCCAAUUCGUUGAUAUAUAUGUUGAAGAGGGUGGGGCUUAAACUGCAUCCCUGUCUCACCCCACGGCCCUGUGGAAAGAAAUGUGUGUGUUUUUUGCCUAUUUUAACCGCACACUUGUUGUUUGUGUACAUGGAUUUUAUAAUGUCGUAUGUUUUUCCCCCAACCCUACUUUCCAUCAAUUUGUAUAGCAGACCCUCAUGCCAAAUUGAGUCAAAAGCUUUUUUGAAAUCAACAAAGCAUGAGAAGACUUUGCCUUUGUUUUGGUUUGUUUGUUUGUCAAUUAGGGUGUGCAGGGUGAAUACGUGGUCUGCCGUACGGUAAUUUGGUAAAAAGUCAAUUUGACAUUUUCUCAGUACAUUGUUUUCACUGAGGAAAUGAACUAGUCUGCUGUUAAUGAUAAUGCAGAGGAUUUUCCCAAGGUUGCUGUUGACGCAUAUCCCACGGUAGUUAUUGGGGUCAAAUUUGUCUCCACUUUUGUGGAUUGGGGUGCUCAGUCCUUAGUUCCAAAUAUUGGGGAAGAUGCCAGAGCUAAGGAUGAUGUUAAAGAGUUUAAGUAUAGCUAAUUUAAAUUUGUGGUCUGUAUAUUUUAUCAUUUCAUUGAGGAUACCAUCAACACCACAGGACUUUUUGGGUUGGAGGGUUUGUAUUUUGUCCUGUAGUUCAUUCAAUGUAAUUGGAGAAUCCAGUGGGUUCUGGUAGUCUUUAAUAGUUGAUUCUAAGAUUUGCAUUUGAUCAUGUAUAUUUUUUUGCUGUUUGUUCUCUGUUAUAGGGCCAAAAAGAUUGGAGAAGUGGUUUACCCAUACAUCUCCGUUUUGGAUAGAUAGCUCUUCGUGUUGUUGAUUGUUUAGUGUUUUCCAAUUUUCCCAGAAGUGGUUAAAGUCUAUGGAUUCUUCAAUUACAUUGAGCUGAUUUCUGACAUUCUGUUCCUUCUUUUUCCGUAGUGUAUUUCUGUAUUGUUUUAGUGAUUCACCAUAGUGAAGGCGUAGGCUCAGGUUUUCUGGGUCUCUGUGUUUUUGGUUGGAUAGGUUUCUCAAUUUCUUUCUUAGGUUUUUGCAUUCUUCAUCAAACCAUUUAUCACUGUUAUUACUUUUCUUUGGUUUUCUGUUAGAGAUUUUUAGAUUUGAUAGGGAAGCUGAGAGGUCAAAUAUACUGUUUAGGUUUUCUACUGCCAAGUUUACACCUUCACUAUUACAGUGGAACCGGAAGUUUUGUCCAGGAAGUUGUCUAGAAUGGAUUGAAUUUGUUGUUUCCUAAUUGUUUUUUGGUAGGUUUCAACACUACUUUCCUUCCAUCUAUAGCAUUUCUUAAUAUUAUUCAGUUCCUUUGGCUUUGAUGCCUCAUGAUUGAGUAUUGCUCUGUUCAAGUAGACUGUGAUUUUGCUGUGGUCUGAUAGGGGUGUCAGUGGGCUGACUGUGAAUGCUCUGAGAGACUCUGGGUUGAGGUCAGUGAUAAAGUAGACUACAGUACUACUGCCAAGAGAUGAGCUAUAGGGGUACCUACCAUAGGAGUCCCCUCGAAGCCUACCAUUGACUAUGUACAUACCCAGUGUGCGACAGAGCUGCAGGAGUCGUGACCCGUUUUUGUUGGUUAUGUUGUCGUAGUUGUGCCUAGGGGGGCAUAUGGGGGAGGGAAUGCUGUCACCUCCAGGUAGGUGUUUGUCCCCCUGUGUGCUGAGGGUGUCAGGUUCUUGUCCAGUUCUGGCAUUUAGGUCGCCACAGACUAGUACGUCCCUGGGUCUGGAAAUGAUUGAUUUCCCCCUCCAGGAUGAAAAAACUGUCUUCAUUAAAGUAUGGGGAUUCUAGUGGGGGGAUAUAGGUAGCACACAGGAGGACAUUUUUCUCAGUUGAGAUAAUUUCCUUUUGAAUUUCUAACCAAAUGUAAAAUGUUCCUGUUUUGAUUAAUUUAAUAGAGUGAGUUAGGUCUGCUCUAUACCAAAUUAGCAUACCCCCUGAGUCCCUUCCCUUCCUUCUCUCUCUCGCUCCUCAUCUCUCUCUCCUCAUCUCUCUCUCCUCAUCUCAAUCUCUCUCCUCAUCUCUCUCUCUCUCUCUCCUCAUCUCUCUCUCCUCAUCUCUCUCUCAAUCUAUCUCUCUCUCUCUCUCUCUCUCCUCAUCUCUCUCUCUCUCUCCUCAUCUCUCUCUCCUCAUCUCUCUCUCUCCUCAUCUCUCUCUCUCCUCAUCUCUCUCUCUCUCUCCUCAUCUCUCUCACUCUCUCUUGCUCUCUCUCUCCUCAUCUCUCUCUCUCUCUCUCGCUCUCUCUCUCCUCAUCUCUUACUCACCCCCACCUCUCUCUGAUAUACCAGUACUGUAGUCAGCUAACCCUCUCUCUGUGUCUCCACUUGCAGGUGACUUUGGGGAGGUGUGUCGUGGGUGUCUCAAGCUGCCCAGUAAGCGGGAGCUUCCGGUGGCCAUCAAGACGCUGAGGGCCGGCUGCUCAGAGAAACAGAGGCGCUCCUUCCUCAGCGAAGCCGGGAUACUGGGACAGUUUGACCACUCCAACAUCAUCCGUCUGGAAGGGGUCAUCACCAGCGGUGAGCUAGUUACCUAAAUCACAAAUGAACCCCUAGCCCCUAUGCACUUACACCCAGCCCCUAUUUACUAUGCUUUAUAGGGGGAAACUGUCUGGAGAAAAAAAACUUAAGAAAUCCCUCCCCCACUGAACAGACCGCACAAACCCCAAAUGGUUACUCAUUGACAGACCGACAGCAGUUGAGGUCCAGUAGAGAAGGGAGACGGAGAAAAGAACAGGAUGAAGUAAAGGUUAAUGGAGAAAGUUAGGUGAGGAGAGGUUUAGAGAGUUUCAGAGGGGUACUGUAGAGGGCACGGUGCGUGUGAGUCCGAUGAGAUAGAACCGGGGUAGGAAGGAAUGGGAUUGGGUGGGACUGGUGCCUGCCUGCCUGAACACACACUGUGCACUGUUCGACUGCAGCAUAUGUGUUGGGUACGGUAAUUGGUGCUGGAGACACAGCGGGACUCUGAAACCCACUCUAAUCUUCCCCGCCGCCUCACACACACUCACACGUGCAUGCUCACACACACACGGGCAUGCAUACACACACAUUCAAACUCACACCUCACACACACCACACACACCGCCCUCAGAUUGCAAAUCACCUGCAUUGCAUUGCUUACCCCCCACUAGCCCGCCAUUCAACCCCUUCUACCCCCACAGCCCACCUGUCAGCCCCUACCUCCUCUCCCUCCUCCCUCUCCCAUCUCCAAUCUCCAUCUAUCAGAGGGCUCCAGCGCUACAGGGAGGGUCAUUAGAGAGACAGAGACGUGUUGCUAGCUAAACGUCCAGCAGGGGACACCAGGGGGAGGUGGUGGGACAUAAUAGGGGAGUGUAGGGUACCGGGUACCGGGUAGUGUGUGGGGGUGGUAGGGUAGAUCAGCAGGAUAGUCUGGUAGAAAAGAAGAGGUAGAUUGUCUUGUAGUGAAGAGUGAUAGGGUACUCAUUGAAGUGUGACAGAGUAGUGUACCAGAGUGUGUGGUGCGGUAGUGAUAGGUUAGUUAGAUAGUGAUUUAGUGAAGCGGUAGUUCUGUAUGUUAGUGUUGCAUGAUAACAUAGACGUAUGAUGUGGUAGAACAGAGUGAUGACGUAAUGUAAUAGUGUAGUCCUGUCUGUCUGUUUGUGAUAGAGGGGGCCUGAGGGAGGCUGAUAUUGUCCAUGUAUAAGGGACUUAGAUGACAGCCACAGCCAGCAAGAGGACAGUGUGUGUGUGAGAGAGAAAGUGCUCGGUUUCCACGUCACUCUGCUCCAUCUCUGUCUGACACACACAAACGCUAACCUGGUCACUAAGGGAGUCACUGCUUCCUGCCUUUCUAAUGGAGCGGCGUCCUUUCUCCUCAGCUGACUGCUCUCUCUCUCUGUUUCUCUCCCUCACCAUCUCAUUAUCCCACCACUCUUUCUGUCCCCUCUUCCUCUACUUUUAGUGUUUUCUUUCCCCUCUCUCAUUCACUCGUUCCUACCCCAGUGCCUACUCCUUCUGUUCUCUCUCUCUCUUUUUUGCCCCUCUCAGGUGUCUGUCUUCUCUCCCUUUACUAUUUUGAUACACUCUGGCCACCUGCGCUCAGCGAGUGUGAGAAGUGUGUGUGUGUGGGGAGGGGGGUCAUUCAACUUGGUGCUCCUCUCCAGCUUAGUGGGUGAAGAAUGGCAGUGCAUAAACACUGCUGCCUCCGAGCCAACUGGACUAUACUAAUAACCAGUGUGUGUGUGUGUGCAGGUAACACCAUGAUGAUUGUGUUGGAGAGCAUGUCCAACGGGGCCCUGGACUCCUUCCUCAGGGUAAGUGUGUGCAUACUGUAUGUGUGUGUGCAUGUCUUUGUGUGCUCUGGUAACACAAUGUUUACCUCAGCAUGACUCCUGGUCUAGUUUCCAAAUGUUAUGUAAGAUGUUGGUAUGAAAUAAAUCCCUAGGCAUAUAGUGUAUCCUUGGCCUUAUAAGCCACAUAACUAACAGUAAGACAACACAUUCCUCACAUCAUGUUAUAACUGAGUUUGUUCUCCAUUGCGCUGCAAUGGGUCCCAAGUUACAUAUAUUCAAAUUAAUAUUUGUUCAUAUAUCAUUGGUCCCAACCUACCAUUUGAGAAACACUGUCCUAACAACACAAUUAAAUAUAUCAUUCUUAUAUUUAGGGUUGCCAAAUUCUGGUAACUUUCCCAAAAUGUCCAGGUUUUCCAGAAAUUCCCGGAAUCAGGAGGGAAUAAGUAGGAAAUCCGUAAACCUGUGACCAGGAUUCUGGAAAACAUUGAAACUUUGGGAAAUCAACCCUAAUUAUAUUCCAUCUCUAUGGUCCUAACCCACUGUCUCCCCACUCCCUCCCCUCCUCCCCCUCUCUAGAAGCACGAGGGCCAGCUCUCUGUGCUCCAGUUGAUGGACAUGCUGGGGAGUGUGGCCUCUGGGAUGAAGUACCUGACAGAGAUGGGCUUCGUCCACCGCCACCUGGCCGCCCACAAGGUGCUGGUCAACGCCAGCCUGGGCUGCAAGGUGUCCGGCUUCAGACCCCUACAAGAGGACAAGAUAGAGGCCAUCUACAGCACACUGGUGAGACUACUGACUGAUAUUAUAUUACUAGUAAAAAGUAUAGUACUAGUUAUAUAUACAGUUGAAGUCGGAAGUUUACAUACACUUAGGUUGUAGUCAUUAAAACUUGUUUUUCAACCACUCCACACAUUUCUUGUUAAUAAACUAUAGUUUUGGCAAGUCGGUUAGGACAUCUACUUUGUGCAUGACACAAGUAAUUUUUCCAACAAUUGUUUACAGACAGAUUAUUUCACUUAUAAUUCACUGUAUCACAAUUCCAGUGGGUCAGAAGUUUACAUACACUUAGUUGACUUGCCUUUAAACAGCUUGGAAAAUUCCAGAAAAUGAUGUCAUGGCUUUAGAAGCUUCUGAUAGGCUAAUUGACAUAAUUUGAGUCAAUUGGAGGUGUACCUGUGGAUGUAUUUCAAGGCCUACCUUCAAACUCAGUGCCUCUUUGCUUGACAUCAUGGGAAAAUCAAAAGAAAUCAGCCAAGACCUCACCAAGACCUCAGACCUCAUCCUUGGGAACAAUUUCCAAACGCCUGAAGGUACCACGUUCAUUGUAGAAACACCAUGGGACCACGCAGCCGUCAUACCGCUCAGGAAGGAGACGCGUUCUGUCUCCUAGAGAUGAACGUACUUUGGUGCGAAAAGUGCAAAUCAAUCCCAGAACAACAGCAAAGGACCUUGUGAAGAUGCUGGAGGAAACAGGUACAAAAGUAUCUAUAUCCACAGUAAAACGAGUCCUAUAUCGACAUAACCUGAAAGGCCGCUCAGCAAGGAAGAAGCCACUGCUCCAAAACCGCCAUAAAAAAGCCAGACUACGGUUUGCAACUGCACAUGGGGACAAAGAUCGUACUUUUUGGAGAAAUCUCCUCUGGUCUGAUGAAACAAAAAUAUAACUGUUUGGCCAUAAUGACCAUCGUUGUGUUUGGAGGAAAAAGGGGGUGCCUUGCAAGCCGAAGAACACCAUCCCAACCGUGAAGCACGGGGGUGGCAGCAUCAUGCUGUGGGGGUGCUUUGCUGCAGGAGGGACUGGUGCACUUCACAAAAUAGAUGGCAUCAUGAGGAAGGAAAAUUAUGUGGAUAUAUUUAAGCAACAUCUCAAUACAUCAGUCAGGAAGUUAAAGCUUGGUCACAAAUGGGUCUUCCAAAUGGACAAUGACCCCAAGCAUACUUCCAAAGUUGUGGCAAAAUGGCUUAAGGACAACAAAGUCAAGGUACUGGAGUGGCCAUCACAAAUCCCUGACCUCAAUCAUAUAGAAAAUGUGUGGGCAGAACUGAAAAAGCGUGUGCGAGCAAGGAGGCCUACAAACCUGACUCGGUUAGACCAGCUCUGUCAGGAGGAAUGGGCCAAAUUUUACCCAACUUAUUGUGGGAAGCUUGUGGAAGGCUACCCAAAACAUUUGACCCAAGUUAAACAAUAUAAAGGCAAUGCUACCAAAUACUAAUUGAGUGUAUGUAAACUUCUGACCCACUGGGAAUGUGAUGAAAUAAAUAAAAGCUUAAAUAAAUCAUUCUCUCUAAUAUUAUUCUGACAUUUCACAUUCUUAAAAUAAAGUGGUGAUCCUAACUGACCUAAAACAGGGAAUUUUUACUAGGAAUAAAUGUCAGGAAUUGUGAAAAACUGAGUUUAAAUGUAUUUGGCUAAGGUGUAUGUAAACUUCCGACUUCAACUGUAUAUUCAUUUUUUUACUAGUACUGUAUAUUACUAGUUAUAUAUAUAUAUUUAACUAGUACUGUUUAGCACUAGUUUUUUUUAAAUAUUAUAAUACUACCUAUAGUCUUUACUCUUUACCCAUAGAGGCCAUCUACACCACACUGGUGAGACUACUGACUGAUAUGUAGUGUUAUUUACUUUGUUUAAAACCGUAUUGUUAACUAGCUUCUUUAGUCUUCACCCAUAGUUAUAGAGGCCAUCUUCACCACUGGUGAGACUACUCACUGUGAUAGGUAAUACAUACUGUAUGUCCUGUGAUAUUUACAUUGUUUACUACCUUAUUCAGUCUUUACCCAUAUAGACCACGCUGGUGAGAGAACUGGCUGAUAUUUUUUUCCUAUUAAAUAUAUUACUCCUAAUAAUAAACAUAAAAAUCCCAUCUUGUAAAAAAAAAUGCUAUAAAAAUCAUACAUUCAAAUGACAAUGACAUCUUUAUAGAAGGCCGUUGUAGCCGGUGGGAGAGGCUCACUUAUGUUCUUUGUAUUUCCUGUUUGUGUUGAAUCUGAUGUGUGCAGUGCAGACUUUGAUUUAAAAUAGUUUCUAUAAUGAAUCAGUCUUUCCCUGUGGUUUCUCUUUCUCGCUCUCUUUGUCUGACUCACCCUUUUCACUCUCUUGGUUGACAGUGGUUGAUUAGAUUAGAGUUAAGAGUAACCGUGUUUUGAAGAAUGCAACAACAGAAACCAGAACUACUCUGGAGUAGUAACUUAAAUGUCUAUUUAAAAAAAGAAGUGUUCCUGGUUGCACAUUUUAUUUCCAAAGCGUGGAUGUCGCGACAAGAUAAGUUGUAUAACUGAAAGGUUUAGUUUUUUGUGUUUAAAUUGUAUUAAUUUCAGUAGGAAUUCAAAUGUGUAUGUACAGUGGCUUGCGAAAGUAUUCACCCCCUUGGUAUUUUUCCUAUUUUAUUGCCUUACAACUUGGAAUUAAAAUAGAUUUUUGGUGGGUUUGUAUCAUUUGAUUUACACAACAUGCCUACCACUUUGAAGAUGCAAAAUAUUUUUUAUUGUGAAACAAACAAGAAAUAAGACAAAAAAAAACAGAACUUGAGCAUGCAUAACUAUUCACCCCCCCAAAGUAAAUACUUUGUAGAGCCACCUUUUGCAGCAAUUACAGCUGCAAGUCUCUUGGGGUAUGUCUCUAUAAGCUUGGCACAUCUAACCACUGGGAUUUAUGCCCAUUCUUCAAGGCAAAACUGCUCCAGCUCCUUCAAGUUGGAUGGGUUCCGCUGGUGUACAGCAAUGUUUAAGUCAUACCACAGAUUCUCAAUUGGAUUGGGGUCUGGGCUUUGACUAGGCCAUUCCAAGAGAUUUAAAUGUUUCCCCUUAAACCACUCAAGUGUUGCUUUAGCAGUAUGCUUAGGGUCAUUGUCCUGCUGGAAGACUGAAACAGGUUUCCCUCAAGAAUUUCCUUGUAUUUAGCGCCAUCCAUCAUUCCUUCAAUUCUGACAAGUUUCCCAGUCCCUGCCGAUGAAAAACAUCCCCACAGCAUGAUGCUGCCACCACCAUGCUUCACUGUGGGGAUGGUGUUCUCGGGGUGAUGAGAGGUGUUGGGUUUGCGCCAGACAUAGCGUUUUCCUUGAUGGCCAAAAAGCUCAAUUUUAGUCUCAUCUGACCAGAGUACCUUCUUCCAUAUGUUUGGGGAGUCUCAAACAUUCCUUUUUUCUGGCCACUCUUCCGUAAACCCCAGCUCUGUGGAGUGUAUGGCUUAAAGUGGCUUUGCAGCUCCUUCAGGGUUAUCUUUGGUCUCUUUGUUGCCUCUCUGAUUAAUGCCCUCCUUGCCUGGUCUGUGGGUUUUGGUGGGCGACCCUCUCUUGGCAGGUUUGUUGUGGUGCCAUAUUCUUUCAAUUUUUUAAUAAUGGAUUUAAUGGUGCUCCGUGGGAUGUUCAAAGUUUCUGAUAUUUUUUUAUAACCCAACCCUGAUCUGUACUUCUCCACAACUUUGUCCCUGACCUGUUUGGAGAGCUCCUUGGUCUUCAUGGUGCCGCUUGCUUGGUGGUGCCCCUUGCUUAGUGGUGUUGCAGACUCUGGGGCCUUUCAGAACAGGUGUAUAUAUAUACUGAGAUCAUGUUACACUUAGAUUGCACACAUGUGGACUUUAUUUAACUAAUUAUGUGACUUCUGAAGGUAAUUGGUUGCACCAGAUCUUAUUUAGGGGCUUCAUUGCAAAGGGGGUGAAUAAAUAUGUACGCACCACUUUUCCGUUAUUUAUUUUUUAGAAUAUUUUGAAACAAGUUAUUUUUUUCAUUUCACUUCACCAAUUUGGACUAUUUUGUGUACGUCCAUUACAUGAAAUCCAAAAAAACAAACAUUUAAAUUACAGGUUGUAAAGCAACAAAAUAGGAAAAACGGCAAGGGGGAUGAAUACUUUUGCAAGGCACUGUACGUAAUACAUAUGUAGGUAGGUAUGUACGUACAGUACCAGUCAAAAGUUUGGACACACCUACUCAUUCAUUGUAGAAUAAUAGUGAAGACAUCAAAACUAUGAAAUAACACAUAUGGAAUCAUGUAGUAACCCAAAAAGUGUUAAACGAAUCAAAAUAUAUUUUAUAUUUGAGAUUCUUCAAAUAGCCACCCUUUGCCUUGAUGACAGCUUUGCACACUCUUGGCAUUCUCUCAACCAGCUUCAUGAGGUAGUCACCUGGAAUGCAUUUCAAUUAACAGGUGUGCCUUCUUAAAAGUUAAUUUGUGGAAUUUCUUUCCUUCUUAAUGAUGCAUGACACAAUAAUAAAAUGAAUAAUGAACAAAUAUAUAAUAAUCAUAGUGUAGUAGGAUGUUUAAAUGUAAACUCUAACAUGUUCAUACAAGAUGUCCAAUGUCAAGCUGAGUGUGGAGUUGAACAUUGAAAAUCUCUCACUCUCUCUCCCUCAGCAUGCAGGGAAGAGUGUAGUGUUGUGGACAGCCCCAGAGGCCAUCCAGUACCACCGCUACAGCUCAGCGUCUGACGUGUGGAGCUUUGGCAUCGUCAUGUGGGAGGUCAUGUCCUACGGAGAGAGGCCCUACUGGGACAUGGGCAACCAGGACGUGAGUAGAGUGACUGGCUCUAUCUCUAUACUCUACCUUCUCCUCCUCUCUAGUCUCUUUAUCCAGCUCAUCUCUGUAGCUCCUCUCUAUCUCGGUUGCUCGCUCUCUCUCUCUCUCUUUCUCUCUGUCUCUCUCUCUCUUUCUCUCUGCUCUUUAUCUCCAUUGCAUCCUCCCAUCUCUCUCUUCCUUCACUUUCCGUCUCUGUCCACAUGUGCAUCUCUGUCCGUUCCCUCACCCCAUUCCCUAUGCUGUUUCCUUCUCUACCUAAUAAUCUCUCUCCUAUACUUUCUCGUCUUCGCUUGUGCUCGCUCUCUCUCUCUCUCUCUCUCUCUCUCUCUCUCUCUCCCCAUCUCCUCUGUCCCCUCUAAAACUGUGUGAACUCUUUGACUUGGGCUAGCUCAGAUCUUAUAAGAGGGAAAGCCACGGGUGCUUCUCUAAAAUACUCUUUGGGCUCCAAGUCUCCGGCAUAAGUCCACUUCAGCUCCGUGACCAAUCCGGUUUCUCUUAAGGACACCACGUCGCUUUCUAGUGGCGGUCCCAAAGUGCCACCACGAUCCCCGCUCUUAGAGGAAGCCUAAAAUCCCGGCAGGAAGCGGCACUCUCUUUUAAGGAAAUGUGAAGUGUAGCUAUUUUAGGAGGGUUGCUUUUUUAGGAGAUUGUCCAAUCGAUAGGACCCUGCCGCCACCAGUUUGUGUGAGAAGCCUAUUAUUUGAAAGUCGAUGAGGGCGUGUUUUUUGGUUCCUUUCUCCCUCCGUCCUCUUUUUCAGAGUGAUUGCUUUUUUUUGCUUUUGUAGAAAACAGAACUUCAGGAGAGUGCAGAAAGUGUUGCGUAAGACUUUGUUGAAGAGAAAAGUGAGAGAAUGUGAUUUCAAAGUGCCUUUGAUCAAAGGCGGCAAAAUGAAUGGCAUUCAAAAGUAUUAGAGUAGAUAGAGGGUUCAACAGAGUUCACAUUUAAGCCAACAGCUUGUUCAUGCUAAUAUGCUGUCUAAAACUUUCCACUAAACUGAACAAUAAAACUACAAAAUAGACGACCAUGAAAUGUUGAAAUUAAUUACUAUGAACCCUCCCUCAGCUAGGAUAUGAACCGUGAUGGUUUAUUACUAGCUUACUCAUUCAAUAUCCAGACUUUGUGUCUACCUCUAUGGUCACAGCACUAAACUCUCCAAAUGAAAUGUCAAAGGCCAAGCUGGCUGAGCGCUUGAGAUAUUAAUGCAUUAAACAAAUACAUAAUAUCACCAUUAACUCACCCAGCCCACAUGCUGCCCUAACAUGCCCUUUGCUUUUUAGCUCUGAUUAAAUGGAAAAUGUCAGCCAAUGAAGAAACACUUUAGGAACACUGUUUGGUUAAAUUGGAGGUCAGGACAGAACCGAGGAGGACAGUGUUUUUAGUGAAUGUGGAACAUUUCAAUGUUUUUUUUUAUUGGCGGGUGAGCUUUUUCUAGGGAGCACAGUGUUAGAAAACAGUGAUUUAAAGGGAGAGAAUAUAUUUUUGAAGUGUUUAGGAGCAGUCUUUAUGGGGGACCGAUCUGUUUGAUGGGUUAGCUCUUUGAGAGAACCUUGUGUAAAGGGAUAUUGUUUGUGUGAUUGUGUUGUCUGAGAUCUCCUGAAGCCACUUUGGACUAAGACGGAGUCAUCGUUCACUAUCAACAUUUCUCACUCCUUCCUCUCUCUCCAUCUCCUCUCGUCCAAGGUGAUCAAAGCCAUAGAGGAUGGCUUCCGCCUGCCCGCCCCUAUGAACUGUCCACCCCACCUCCACCAGCUGAUGUUGGACUGUUGGCAGAAGGAGAGAACGGAGAGACCUACCUUCAGCCAGAUCCACUCAGCUCUCAGCAAGAGCAUCCGCAGCCCUGACGGCAUCGGCUCCUCCACACUGGCACGCAGGUAGGAAAUAGGCCACUUCAAACCAUGCUUAACAUGGGCUAAACAUGGGUCAACAUACAGGGUAACAGCUAACAGACUCUGCUAGCCAACAUGGGCCAACAUCAGUAUGGUUUGUUUAUGUCGUCCAAGCAGGUCUCCCACUUCCCACUCAGUUUUGAUAUCAGAGUAGAAAUACUACCGCUUAUGAUAACAAUAGACUCAUGCAUCCCUUCCUGAAAUCUCUCUCUCCCUGAUCGCUCUCUCUCUCUUCUUCAAUCUGUAGAACCCUCCCUCAGCGAGGAACCCUCCCGCUAGGCUCCUCCAUCUCCCUGGCAGAGCGGACUCUUCCCUCGUUCCCCGCUUUUAACUCAGUAGGGGAGUGGUUGGAUGCGGUGGACAUGGGGCGCUACAAGGACAACUUCACCGCAUCAGGAUACUGCUACCUGGAGUCUGUGGCCCGUAUGACAGUCCAGUGAGUGGCUCUAAAUGAGCGUGUGUGUGUGUGUGUGUGUGUGCGUGUGCGAGUAAGCGUUAAUACAUAAACAAGUAUGUGUUUGCCUUGCUUUUUGUGCAUCUGAAUAUCAUGAGUUGGUAUAGUCUAACUGAUGUCUUUGUGUUGUGGUCUUCUCCACAGAGAUGUGUUGAGUCUAGGCAUCACCUCUCUGGAGCACCAGAAACAGAUCCUGUCUGCCAUCCAGACCCUUAGAGCCCAGGUCAUCCAGAUGCACGGCAGAGGGGUGCAGGUCUAACACACACACACACAUAAAUACAUACACAUACGUGCCGACAGACGGACGGACGGCUGGAUAGAAGGAUUUUCACAGAGGAGAGACUCGUCUCUCAUGCAGAUGGACGGAAUGAAGUGGAUAGAGAGAUCGGCAGAGAUAUCGCCACACUGCACCCACUCACUCUUCCUCCUCUUCCCCCUCCUCCCUCUCUU